UCACAGUAUAAUAAAAUUUCUAAAUGAAUUUAAAAUUCUUUUAAAUGUUGAACUUGAAAUUGAACACAGAAUGCCAGUUGACAUAAAUCGAUUAACAGAAGGUUGGCUAGAAUUGGAAAGUGACCCAGGUUUAUUUACAUUAUUAUUGGAGGAUUUUGGAGUAAAAGGUGUACAAGUAGAAGAAAUAUAUGAUUUACAAAAAUCAUUGGAAGGUCCAGUAUAUGGUUUUAUAUUUUUAUUUCGUUGGAUAGAAGAAAGGAGAUCCAGACGUAAAGUUGUAGAACAAGAUGAAAGUUUUGUAAAAGAUGAAGAAAUUGUUAACAAUAUAUUUUUUGCACAACAGGUUGUGCCCAAUAGUUGUGCAACUCAUGCAUUACUUUCUGUAUUACUUAAUUGUCCAAAUAUUCAUUUGGGUACAACUUUAUCCCGAUUGAAAAUGCAUACAUCUGGUAUGUGUCCAGAAAAUAAAGGAUGGGCAAUAGGUAAUACUCCUGAAUUGGCAUGUGCUCAUAAUUCUCAUGCAAUGCCUCAAGCCAAAAGACGUCAAGAUAAAAACACUGGUGUUUCAACUGGUAGAUUUACUGGAGAAGCUUUUCAUUUUGUUAGUUAUGUACCAAUUAAUGGUAGAUUAUUUGAAUUAGAUGGUUUAAAACCAUAUCCGAUGGAUCAUGGUCCGUGGAAAGAGCAUGAAGAAUGGACUGAACAAUUUAGAAGAGUAAUUACAGACCGUUUAGGAAUGGCAACAGGAGAACAAUUACAAGAUAUAAGAUUUAAUUUAAUGGCUGUUGUUCCUGAUCGACGACUCGCUAUUUCGCAUAAAUUAACUAUGUUGAAAACUAAUAGGCAAAUAGUAUUAGAGGCAUUGCAACAACUUGUUAAAUUAAGUCAUCAAGAUGGAACGGAAAAAAAUUCAAAUGAUUCUGAUAAAUCAGAUAAAUCCUAUGAUAAAAAGAACAAAACUGACGAUGAAAAUGUUCCACCUAAUAAAUCAGAGAUUGAUGAAUCUUCAUCAGUACCAACAAUUACAGUUGAAAGAAAUAGUGAUUCUACUAUAGAUACUGAAGAGCCAGCCACAAGUGUAACUUCUGGAAAGGCAGAAUCAAAUAUGGAAAAAGUAGUAAUGUGUGCAUUGGAUUAUGCUACACCUCUCAGAAUUCAAACUUCUCCAGCACAUAGUUCGUCUAGUACUGAUACAUCAUCUGAGAUUGGAUCCGCAUUUAAUUCUCCAACACAAGCAUGGGGAUGGAAUUCUGGUCAGAGCAGUCCAACAUCGACAAAAGAUUUCAAAAAAUUUGUCGUGAUUAGAGUGUCUGGAGAUGAAAAGAAUGAAGCGGGUUUAAUAGGUCGUUCUCUUGGAAAUAUUAAUAUAAAUGGAAAAAGAUUAGUUUCUGACAGUGGUCAUUUACAUAAGAAGGUCUGUCUGUCAGGAGAAGUUAGGAUACCUCAUGCCAGAGUAAAAACUAGUAACGGGGAUACUGUUACCGAAGAGAAGAAAGUCGAAAAGAUCGAUCCAAAAUUAUGUUCGAAAUAUCCAGAAUUGUUCGAACCGCAUACAUUUGCACCUAAAGAUCUUUUAGCAUUAUUAAAGAAUUUAGAACAUGAAAUUAAUAUUUGUGAAACUAGUUUAAAAGAUGAAAAUGACAAGAGAAAUAAAUAUAAGAUUGAUGAUUGUCGUAGAACACAUAAUUACGACGAAUUUAUUUGUACUUUCCUUUCGAUGCUUGCUCAACAAGGCAAAUUAGCAGAAUUGGUCCAACAGCACUUGACUUUAAAGAAACACACUUCCGUCUCAGUGAACAGGGUUCAUAGAUCUUCAAAGAAAGCAGAUACUCGUCCAAACUCCUCUCGUAGACGUCGAGGUAGAACCAAAUGUAAAAAACGAAAAUAAUCUUCGUAAAAUAAAUAAAUGGAAUGUUAUCCCA